AUGCCGGAGUCGAAGGCGGCUGCAAUGGCCUGGGAGGCAGCGGCCAUUGGAGGAAGCGCAGCCAGUGCCGGCUCUGUGGCUUUGGCGGUCGCCAGAUUGCAGGACCCUGUAAUGAAAGUUUUAUACCAGGAAGUCGAUGAGCUGGAAGCGCGCUUGGCAUUGCACGGCGAGCGACAGGUUCGAGAGUGUCGAGUUGCAGUAAGAUGCGAGGCUGAUAUUCUGAAAGUGUCACACGAAGCACAUAUGACGGAGGCGCAGGAUGAGCUAAAAUCUUUGCAAAGACAGGUUGCUGAGCGUGAACUUUCCCUCAAAAAGAACAGCCGGCGGUUGCUGGAGAUGCAGCUGCAAAUUGGGAAGAAGUACCAUAUUCCGAGCAAGCAAGAGAGGGUUGUUGCCGAACAGGAGCAUGAAAUGGCGUGCGCAGCAAUAGUGCAGUCAGAGGUGGCUGCACAGGAGCAACAUGAGGCAGAGUGUGCCAUUUUGAAGCGAGAGCUGGAUCAACACAACAUGGCGCAUUCAGAACUGCAGCAAAGUUUGGCUGAAGCUGGCCAGAAGCAGCUAAAACUUUUCCAAGAAGCCCAGGAUAAGUCGUCGCUUGAAGCUCUGGCUUGCGGACUCGCGCAACAGCUAGAGCUUUGCCGCGAGUGGACUGGGAACCUCGAGGCAGCCUUAUCUUUCAUGCAGUCGGCAGCAAGCACAAGUGUGGAGGAGCUCCACCAGCUGGACCAGCAGAACGAGAGCUUGGUCCAGGACACUACGGUCAGUGUAUCAACCUGCCACGCACACUCGCUCAAGGAGGAACGAGAACUGUCCUCUGAAGAGCUACAAGAGCUCCUGCAGGCCGAUAACACCCAUGUCUUGGACAAGCAGCUUCAAGAAGCCGAACAAUGUCGUAUGAAGCUAGAGGAAACCGUUGCAGCUCUGAGACACGAUGCCUUGCAACUCCAGGCCUCAGUGGCUUUGCACAGGGCCACGAAGGAGGUGCAAGACGAGCUCGCGUCCGCUGUAGAACAGAAGGAAGCCACCACUCGCAGUGGAGACGAACUCUUGGCCGAGAUUCGCCGAUGGGAACAUAAAUUGCGGCCAGAGGACUCCGCUUUUCGUGAUAUGCGCCAUCCGCCGUCAUCACCCGCUCAGAAGGGAGAACAGAAUCUCAGCUUGGAGUCCCUGGAGCACGAAGUACAAGUUGCCGAAGAGGCACUUCUGGAGGAUCUCUCUGCCAAGCUUGCUGCCCGCGAGAAGCGGGUUCAGUUUCUGGCGAGCAGAUGGCUUCACCGUCGGCUCGGCUCGCCGGCAAAAACAAAAUGA